AUGCCUCCUUGGUCCCUUGAUGAGCUUGCUCGUCGAGCCGAGCUUUUUUUGCGAAGUGACGAUCCUCAUGCCUUAGAUGAAGUGAUAUCCCGUCAUUACGGCGUACUGGGACACUACACCAGAGCGUCUCAGCGAGGUGAAAUAUUGGGUAACCUAGGUGCUCUAGUGGUGACCCGCUUCAACCGACGAGGCAAUGUCGAUGACCUGGACAAGGCGGGCGCGCUUCUCAGGCAAGCCUUGACUUUAUGGUCGCCCGGUAACCCAAAGCGGUCUACCUCAUUGAAUAACCUCGCAUUCACGCUCUCCACUCGCUUCAAACACCAGGGCAGUGCCAAUGACCUAGAGGAGGCGGUCGCGUUUCAAAGGGAAGCCUUGGCUUUACUCCCAGUCAAUCAUCCUGAUCGGUCUGUCUCAUUGAAUAACCUUGCACACGUGCUAUCUACCUGCUUCAGAUACAGGGGCAAUGAUAAUGACCUGGACGAGACAAUCAUGCUUUACAGGGAAGCCUUAGCUUUACGCCCAGUUGGUCACCUGGAUCGGUCUGCCUCAUUGAAUAACCUCGCACAUAUGCUAUCCACCCGCUUCAGACACCGAGGCAAUGACAAUGACCUGGACGAAACCAUCGUACUUUACAGGGAAGCCUUGGCUUUACUCCCAGUUGGUCACUCGGAUCGAUCUGCCUCGUUGAAUAACCUCGCACACAUGCUAUCCACCUGCUUCAGAUACAGGGGCAAUGACAAUGACCUGGACGAGACAAUCGUGCUUUACAGGGCAGCCUUGGCUUUACGCCCAGUUGGUCACCUGGAUCGGUCUGCCUCAUUGAAUAACCUCGCACACAUGCUAUCCACCCUUUUCGAACACCGGGGAAAUGCCGAUGACCUGGACGAGGCUAUCCCACUUCACAGGGAAGCCUUAGCUUUACGCCCAGUCGGUCACCCAGAUCGUUCUGUGUCGUUAAAUAACCUUGCAAACAUGCUCUCCACCCGCUUUGAACACCGGGGCAAUGACGAUGACCUGGACGAGGCUGUCCCGCUUCACAGGGAAGCCUUGGCUUUAGGUCCGGUCGGUCAUUCAGGUCAGCCCCCCUCGUUGAACAACUCCUUGGACACCUUCCCCACUCAUUCCGAGGACCGAGGUAGUCUCGGAGACAUUGACGAGCAGAUCGCUAUUCACAGGGAAUCGCUAGCUUUGAGCCCAGUCAGUCACCCAGACCGGGUUGGACCAUCGAAUAACCUUGCGACUGCCCUUUCCACCCGCUUCCGUCACCUAGGCAAUAAUAAAGACCUCGACGAAGCACUCGCACUCCACAGAGAAGCCCUGGAUUUGUGCCCACCUGAUCACCCAGAUCGGUCUGGGUCAUUGAAUAGCCUUGUGACCACAAUCUCCACUCGCUUCCGUCACCGAGGCAACGAUCAAGACCUUGACGAGGCCCUCGCACUUCACAGGGAAGCGUUAGAUUUGUACCCACUAAGUCAUCCAAAUCGGUCUGCCUCGUUGAAUAAUCUCGCAAAUACUCUCUCUACUAGCUUCGAGCACCGAGGCAAUUCUGAAUACAUUGACGAGGCAGUCACAUUCGGCAGGGAAGCGUUGACUCUGUGCCCAGUGAGUCACCCAGACCGGGCCGCCUCAUUGAAUAGCCUUGCGACUGCCCUCUCCACCCGCUCUUGUCACCAAAGCAAUGACGAAGACCUAGACGAAGCGCUUACACUUCACAGGGAAGCACUGAAUUUGUGCCCAGUCGGUCACCAAGGUCGGCCCGGGUCAUUGAAUGACCUUGCGACUGCCCUCUCCACCCGCUUCCGUCACCUAGGCAAUGACCAAGAUCUCGAUGAGGCGCUCACACUUCACAGAGAGGCGCUAGCUUCGUACCCACUCGGUCACCGAGGUCGGUCCGCCUCAUUGAAUCAACUCGCAAGCACCCUCUGCACCAGCGUUAAUCACCGAGGCAAUGACCGAGACAUGGACGAGGCGGUCGCAUUCGACAGAGAAGCACUGGCGUUGCGCCCACCCGAUCACCCAGGUCGGUUAGCCUCAAUGAUUAACCUCGCAAAACUCUUUUUACCCGCUUUAACCACCGCGGUGAUGACCAAGACCUUGAAGAUGCAAUAG